AUGCACGAGCAGUCGCUUUUCGCCUCGGUUCCAGUCCACCAACAUCAUGAGCUUCUGCAGCAGCUUGCCGGAUUGACGGCCAUGCAGCCCCGCCAUUGCCUAGAGCGGCGGUUGAUCUUCAAAGCCUACCGUAAACCAGGGUUGGCGGGGCGCACCGGAGCCAGUCAGGACCUUCAACAGGCUGAUUUGCAGCGGCUGAACAAGAUGCUCAAUGGGAACAUGUACUACACACAGGUGGUUGGUCCGGUUUCCGAAACGGAUUUCGGCUCCACUGCCCCCGUCGAUCAAGAUACUCAAAUGGCCGGCAUGGACGACUCGAAGCCUUCUUCAUCUUACGACUAUGAACGUCAGCCAUGGAAGUUAGAGUUCCGUGAUAUCCCGGAAGCUGGCACCCGCUCGGCGGUUACCUCGCGUCUGAUGUCCAGCGCUACGCUGCCGCGGGGAGAUGUCGUGCAAGCUAUGAAUGCGUGGGGCUAUCAUUUCACUACUGAGUAUGUGGUUGAAGGUGAUAUGUUCAUCCACAAUGACAUUGCUAUCUUCUUGCAUCGCGUGCUGCACUACCCGGGUGCGGAUGAGUUGAAUGUGCCCCGGCGGCAGCUCCCUGCUUUGAAGGACAUGACUCUAUUUGAGAAGAGCGGAAGCUAUGUGCUGCAGGCCUUUAUCAUUGUCCAAGACGGUAGCAACCAGGAGACGAUGAAAACUGCCUCGCAGCAUCUCUUUGGGUUGCGCGAACAGUUAAAAUCGGCGGUUCUCCUGGAGCAGGCAGAUCGACUGUCUCUUGAUACACGAGCGAAGUAG